UACACUGGCGGACCUGUCCACGUGACUAUUUCGUUUGGCAUAUGUGCGUGGAGCACGGAUGAGAUGUGUGAUGUAAAAAAAAAAGAAAGAAUCCGACUUUUAUAAAUUUGUCAAAACUACAACGGUAUUUGAUCGCACGAAAGAACAAGGCGACUUGGUGGUGCGAGAGUGUUCGGCGUCGUUGAACAGUACGAAGAACGAUGGCGACCUCGGAGAGUGAUGACUUUGAAAGCGCUGAUGAAGAGCUGGAUGUUCGUGGAAUGUAUUCUAGGAGAGUGACUGCCAGGAUACCGACGGUUGUCGACUCUGAGUCUGAUGAUGAUACAGAAUUCGCUGGUGUUGUUCAAGCUCCGGUUAAGACCAAUAAAGCACUUGGGCCACGAUCUGGGACAGAUGCGGUUGCACCUGAAAAUUCCCCUGCGACGUUAGCUAGGAAUAAAUCUUUGGAAAGAUCAACUACUGAUACGAAAAUUGAAGCUACAGUUGAUCAGGACUCUGCUGGACAAGUUGUUCAGACAUGUUUUCAGAAUGAAGGAGAAGAUAAAGCAAAGACUGAUGAAGAACCAAUAGUGGCUGCGGUAAAGGAUGAGCCUAGUUCAGAGAAGCCUAGUGUAGAAUCUGGUGCGAGUACGAGGGAACGAACUCAGAGGCUUAAGAAGCCUAAGGAGCCAAAAGAGAUGGGUAUUAAGAAAUUAGGUUCUAAAAUAUCAACAGAGAAUGUUGAUAAGCCUGCUCUGAUAGCAGCUACUACUCCAGAUCAAAUUAGACAAAAAGCUCUCGCUGAAGGAAAGGAGGUACCUUUAAUAGAAGAAUGCUGGGAAGGUAUCGAGCAUAUACCCGCAGUAGAUGAUAUUAUAAAAGAUGCAAAACCGGUGCAAUGGGACAGUGCAUGGGAUCAUCCUACGAAACCAGCAAAUGUACAAGAAUGCUGGGAAGGCUGCGAGACCAUCGAUGGCAUGGAAAUCCCAGAAGAGUUAAAAUCAAAUAAAAAAUUUAAAGAAGUAUUUACAUCUGAUGGCUGGGAAGGAAUGGACGACAACAUACAAAUCCCUGAUGAGUUAACGGAGCUAAAAAUUCAACCUGUCUUGGAAAAACUGUCUUUAGUAGGACAAAGUCAGGAAAAUACAUCCGGAUGGGGUGGAUGGGGUAACUGGGGUGUCAGUUCAUUAUUAAAUACAGCUAGCGCUGGAGUAUCCACAUUAAGUAGUCAUGUCAGUCAUGGGUUGAGUUUGCUCGAAGAAAGUAUUGGUGUUCCAGACCCAGCAGAAUUGGCAAAAGAGGAGCAUCUUGUAGAGACCGAAACAACUGAUAAUGAAAUCAAAGAUGUUGAAGAAACCCAAUCUCAGAGCACCUUUGGUUUUGGCAAUCUUAUAUCUGGUGUCUCGUCCAUUACUAAGCUGGUAGAGUCUACUGGUACCAAAGUAAUUAAUGGUGGUUUGGAUACCUUGGAAACUAUUGGCAAGAAGACUAUGGAAGUUCUCCAGGAAGGAGAUCCAGGAUUGAAGAAAAAAAGAGCUUUUUUUAUGAACGAAACCGAUAAGCCUAUACUAUCUCAGAUGCUUAGAGAAGCUAAAGAGAAAGCAGAAGUUGAGGAAAAGACAUUAGAGGAAAGGGAAAUAGCUCGAAAGGUACACUUUGAAAGUCUGUUCGAUGACUAUCAAGGUCUGGUACAUCUGGAGGCUUUAGAAAUGCUAUCGAAACAGAGUAACAUAAAGAUACAGCAGCGUUUGAUGAAUUUGGAUGCAGAUGAAUUAAAUUCUCUCCAGGAAACAUUAGAAGAAGUGAAGGAACUGUGUGAUCUUGGCGACGAGAAUGAGGAAGAUGAGGAUCAUGAAAAGGAUUUGAAGCAGCGACUUAAGGAUGCUUGUAAGGAUCUGGGUAUUGAUGUAUCCUGUGAUAAACUCCUUGAUAUAUGGGAGGAAACCAGGUCUUAUUUAACUUUAUCUUCUUCAACUGAUUCGCCUCCUUUGGAUCGUGAAAUCUUUCAACAUGCUGUGUCGACUCUAGCACGAUUCACAGCCUUUUCAGUGGAGAGGUUCCAUAAAACAGCCGAGUUACUUUUAAUUAAGGAACACAGAAGCACCGUGAACGAAGCGGAUGCUUUAGUACAGUUGACACAAAUUCUUUCCAGUCAAAUCGGAAUCGUUGCGAAUUUAUUCUCAACGCAUCUAAACGAAUUAGCAAAAACAGCCGAAAAGCCCCAAUCAAUACAUGCAAACAUUACAACAAUUUUCUUGGAGGCCGCAAAUGCUAGUUCAUACAUCCAAGAUGCGUUUAAAUUAUUAAUACCAAUUGUUCAAGUCGGUGCCAUUUAGAGCAAAUUUUAACUCAUACUAUGUAUUACACUUCAUUUAUACUUUUUUUAAUACCACAAACAGUAGAGUUUAUACAAAAAAAGUUGUAUUCGUAUCAAACGUUGGAUCCUUGAAAUAAUUUAUUAUAAAACAGUUAAUUUACUAAUCAAA